AUGACUUCUCUUCAACAUCUGAACCCCACAGUGAGAGGGAUUAGAGACUCUCCACAAACUAUGCUUCAGAAUCUGGCUGAACGCAUCAGAAAAGAGAUUUCACUGGGGGCGCAGAAACCCUUCAAGAAGGUGAUUGAUGUUAGCUCAGGUGAUCCCCACAGAGUUGAUUUACAACAUGUUUCAUUUCUUCGACAGGUCUUGGCAGUGUGUAUAUACCCUCAGCUGCUGGAAGACAAAUGUUUUCCUCUCGAUGUCAAGAUAAGAGCUCAGAAACUCCUGGAGGCCUGUGAUGGAGCAAGUGUGGGUUCAUACACUGCAUCCUCUGGUCUUCGUCAUGUGAGGCAAAGCAUCGCUGAGUUCAUCACAAAAAGAGAUGGAGUUCCUUCAUAUGCCCAAAACAUCUUUAUUUCUGCUGGCUCUCAAAGGGCUAUAAUGAUUGCUGUGAAACUGCUGGCCAGUGGUGAGGGGAAUACUCGGACAGGCGUGCUGAUACCUGGGCCCUGCCCACACAUGCUGUACAAUGUGCUGGAGGAGGCUGGGGUGGUCUUGGUACCGUACCAGCUGACAGAGGAGAGAGGGUGGGCUGUAGACCUGGACAACUUGCAUCAAGCUUUAAAGGCUGCUCGGGGGUACUGUGAGCCCAGAGCCAUUUACAUCAGCAACCCGGGAAAUCCCACAGGUCAUGUGCAGGACAGGAAGUCAAUAGAGGAAGUGAUUCAGUUCGCAGCAGCUGAGAGAGUCCUACUGUUAGCUGACGAGGUAUACCAGGACAGCGUGUAUGGGAAGGACAGAGAGUUUAUUUCCUAUAAGAAAGUCCUGUUUGAAAUGGAUAGAGAGCUUGCAGAAACAGUGCAGCUGAUCUCCUUCCACUCUUUAUCCAGUACCUGCAUUAGAGAGUGUGGUCUGAGGGCUGGAUACAUGGAGGUAGUUAAUAUGGAUCCAGAGGUGAUUUAUUAUUUUGAUAACUCAUUGUGUGGUGAUAUCAGUACUCCAGUCACAGGACAGCUUGGUUUGGAUCUUAUGGUCAAUCCGCCACAACCUGGAGACCCAUCGUAUCACACAUACAUGCAGGAGACCUUCUUCAUCCUGGCUACUCUGUCCCAUAAUGCUCAAUGGGUUCAGGAGCUCCUAAAUAAACUGCCAGGGGUAAGGUGUCAGCCAGCGCUCGGAGGAAUCUAUGUUUUUCCUCGCCUGCACUUACCAUGUGGGAUUAAGGAGCAGGCCAAGUUAUUGGGGCUGAAAGCUGAUGUUCUGUACUGUCAGAAAUUACUGGAAGAGGAGGGUGUAUUAGCUGGUGCAGGUGAACAUGGGGAAAUGACUGACAGCUUCCAUUUGAGAUUAUGCAUCCUUGUUCCUCAUUACACCCUGGUAGAAGUCCUAGCUCGCCUCACCUCCUUUCACUGCCGUCUCAUGGGUGGCACUGUGACGCCAACAGAAGUGUAA